UCUUUCAUGUUUACAUAAGCUUUGUACCCCUCAAAUAUUUUAGAUAGAAAUAAAAAUUAAAUUUGCAAUGUCUGAAGAAGAGCAGCAAGCCGAAGAAAUAGAAGCUUUAACUUCGAUUUAUGAAGGUGACACAUUCUAUAAGCAAUUAAAUAAGACUACUUUCCAGUAUAAGUAUGGCGAGGAGGAAAAUGGAAAAGGUUUUAUAGUAGAAAUAAUUUGGGGAGAUUCAUAUCCGAAUGAAUUACCGAAGAUAUCAAUGGAUUCAUACUUUAAUCGGAAUAUAUCAUCAAGUUUCAAACUCAAAAUCAUUGAUAUUCUUAAAACUGAAGGUGAAAAUUGGAUUGGAUGUGGAAUGACGUACACGUUGUUCGAAUGCUUGAAAGAGCAACUUGCCGAACUCUUAACUGAAUUAGAAAACGAAAUAAAGAAUAAUGAGUUGAAUAAAAUGUCUGAAAAUUUAGAUAGGAUCAAUUUGUGUCCGAUCAUAACAACAACGUCGACAAAGGAGACUCCAAUCGCUGGAAAAAAGGAACAAUUAACAAAAUCUCAGAAGCGUAGAAUGUGGGAACGAACGGACAAUAAAGGGCAAAGACAACGUGGAUGGGAUUGGGUUGACAUCAUUAGACAUUUGUCACAAACAGGCAGCAGCAAAGAUGAGUCAUCGCCAAUCGUUACUAGUUCUUCAAUAAUGUGUCAGCCGUUAGCUCCACCACCUAAUAAUUAAAAAUUAAUCUGUGAUUGAUUUAAAAACAACUUUUAGAUACUUAUCAAAGACGAUAGGAAAUUAUUUAAUCGAAUAAAAAUAUUUCUUUAUUGUUU